GAGCACGUGACCCCGGAGAUGAACAAGCUUCGUCAGAGUCUGAGGAGGAAGAAGCCCACCUACGUACCCGAGGCCAGCAGACCACACCAGUGGCAGGCGGACGAAGAGGCUGUUCGCAAGGGCAAAUGCAACUUCGCCGUCCGGUACCUAGGGUUGGUCGAGGUGGAGGAGUCCAGAGGGAUGCAUGUAUGCGAGGAGGCAGUGAAGAAGCUCAAAGUUAGUGGUAAAAAGACAAUAAAAGCAGUGUUGUGGGUGUCAGCUGAUGGACUCAGGGUGGUGGAUGAUAAAACCAAGGACCUCAUUGUGGACCAGACCAUAGAGAAGGUGUCAUUCUGUGCUCCUGAUCGUAACUACGACAAGGCCUUCUCCUACAUCUGCAGAGACGGCACCACCAGACGCUGGAUCUGCCACUGCUUCAUGGCUCUCAAAGACUCGGGGGAGAGGCUGAGUCAUGCAGUGGGUUGUGCGUUUGCAGCCUGUCUGGAGAGGAAACAGCGCAGGGAGAAGGAGUGCGGGGUGACAGCCUCCUUCGAUGCCAGCCGCACCUCCUUUGUCCGUGAGGGGUCUUUUCGUGUUACAUCUUCCUCUAGCCAGCAGGGCGGCAGCAGUGAGCGAGAUGACAUCAUGAAGCUGCAGGAUAAGAAAAAAGAUCCACCCUCAGCCAUCCCUGCCUUGCCACCUGGCACAGCUUCUCCUCCUGAGGGAGCGGCUUCCCCCAUCGAGCGCCCGGAGCCCGGGGGGCCCCACGCCAUCCCUCGUCGUCACGCGCCCAUUGAACAGCUGGUCCGGCAGGGUUCGUUCAGGGGAUUCCCGGCCUUGAGCCAGAAGAACUCCCCCUUCAAGAGGCAGCUGUCACUCCGCCUCAACGACCUGCCGUCCACGCUGCAGCGCAAGACCGACUUUGAGGCAAAGAACCCCGUUCCGGAGAUGGACGUGGGGGUGCCGGGGGAGGCAGACGGCAGUAUCAACGCCCUGUGUAGCCAGAUCAACGCCUCCUUCACCAAGCCAUCCGACGAGCUCUUUGCCAACCCUCCCUCCUCUGCCAAUGGCCCGCAGGCCUGCACUGUACCCCCUGUUUUGCCACCUCCACCUGCACCACUGCCAGCCACGUCUUCAUGGGUACAGACUGAACCUCCAGUCCACUCUCCUCCCCCGGUCUCGGUUGCAAUGCAGUUGCAGAGUGGACACAAGCGCACGCCAUCUGAGGCUGAGCGAUGGCUGGAGGAGGUUGCCAAGGUUGUCCGGGCCCAGCAACAGACGCCCCCGCCUCUGGCUCCACCCACAGCCCCCACCAUCCCUACCAUCCCUGGCCCACCCACCCUGCCAAGUCAGCCAAUGUCUAGUCAGAUGGCUAUAUCAGCUGCCCCGGUAUCCACCGUCACCAUGUCCCUUGGCUCUAUGUCUAACCCACUAAUGCCAGGCCCCUCCUCUGUCUCAGGCCAGCCUCCUAUGUCAGUCCCACCCAUGUCACUAUCAUCAGUUCCCCUCAUACCAGGCCCUCCAAUGUCCGGUCCCCCUAUGUCCCUUCCCUCCAUGUCCAUCCCCACUAUGUCAGGGCCCAGCAUGUCUGGAGCCCCUAUGAUCCACCCAUCUCUCCCUGGGCCCCCAGGCUCUCUCCCAAGCUCCAUGCAGCCUUUCCCCUUGGCCUUUGAUGCCGCCCCAGCCCCUGUGGGUAUGUUUGCCAGCCAGCCUGUCCAGCCUGCCUUUGUGCCCAUGCAGACCUACAUGCCAGGUCUGGCCAGCAGUAUGACCUACCCCAAUGCCAGUGUGCCUGUGGUGGGCAUCACACCAUCACAAAUGGUAGCCAACGUCUUCUGCACUGCUGCCGGCUCAUCCGGCAGCGGGGCCACAAUGGGCCCAGUUGGAGGAGCCAAAGUUGGAACACUUGGAGCAGUUGGCCAUCACCAUUCUUACCCAGGAGCGCCUGGUACAGUUGGACACACUGGAGUUUUCCCCACACCACCGUUCUCCUCCACCCAGCCAUUAUCUGCAGCUGUUAACGGCCUCCCACCACACAGCAACACCUCCUCCAAUGCUGGUAUAGUGGGCCUCCAGAAUGGAAACACCAGUGGUGGGAGCACUGGCAGUAGUAGCAGCUGGCCACCAGAGGGCAGUCAAUUAACCGCCCCGGCUGGCGGUGAUUCCCAAGAUGCGGAACGUUUUGAGGCCAAGUGGGCUGCAUUGGAGACCAAACCAGCUUCUCAGCAGGCAGGGAACAAAGCCCCGGCUGCAGUGGCCAACCCCUUUUCUAAUGAUCUGCAAAAAACUUUUGAGAUCGAGCUUUAA